CUCCUAGCUACCCAUUUCCCAUGGUAUUCAGUAGCUGCAGUAGAAAGGACCUGGAGAACAGCCUGGAAAAAGGAGUGGGAAUGUGUCUGUUUAACUUGCCCGAAGUCAAGGAGUCCUUUGGUGGGCAGAAGUGUGGGAACGGCUACGUGGAAGACGGGGAGGAGUGCGACUGCGGGGAGCCUGAGGAAUGUACAAACCGGUGCUGCAACGCAACGACCUGUGCUUUGAAACCGGGAGCGGUGUGCGCACACGGGCUGUGCUGCCAGGACUGCCAGUUAAAACCAGCGGGGAUUUCGUGCAGAGAGUCGAGUAAUUCCUGCGAUCUGCCGGAGUUUUGCACGGGAGCCAGCCCCCACUGCCCAGCCAACGUCUACCUGCACGACGGGCACGCGUGCCACGGGGUGGACGGGUACUGCUACAACGGCAUCUGCCAGACCCACGAGCAGCAGUGCAUCACCCUCUGGGGCCAAGGUGCGAAGCCUGCUCCUGGGAUCUGCUUUGAGAGAGUCAAUUCUGCGGGUGAUCCUUACGGCAACUGUGGCAAAGACUCCAAGAGCUCCUUCGCUAAAUGUGAACCCAGAGAUGCUAAAUGCGGAAAAAUUCAGUGUCAAGGAGGAGCGAAUCGCCCUGUCAUUGGUACCAAUGCUGUUUCCAUAGAAACCAACAUCCCACUUCAGGAAGGUGGCAAGAUUCUGUGCCGUGGUACCCACGUGUACCUGGGGGAUGACAUGCCCGAUCCUGGUCUCGUCCUGUCAGGAACCAAGUGUGAAGAUGGAAAAAUUUGCCUUAAUCGCCGGUGCCAGAAUACGAGUGUUUUUGGGGUACAGAAAUGUGCAACAAAGUGCCACGGCCGUGGAGUCUGCAACAACAAAAAGAACUGUCACUGUGAGGCCGACUGGGCCCCCCCCUACUGCGACAGGCCUGGGUUUGGCGGCAGCGUGGACAGCGGGCCAAUUCGACAAGCGGAUAAUAAGAGCUUAACCGUAGGAGUGUUGAUAACCCUUCUGUGCCUUAUCUUUGCUGGAUCGAUCAUGUAUCUGAAAAGGAAGACUUUCAUGAGGUGGUUGUUUACAAGUAAAAAGACAACGAUAGAGAAACUAAGGUCUGUGAAUCCAGCAAGAUCGUCCAGUUCAUCUGAGCCUAAUCGUGUUCAUACCACGUCUCUCAGUAAAAAUCUCAUCGUGAAGCCACAAAAUACAAACGUACACAAA